AUGGAAAAGAGGGUUAUGGCUUGUGGAAAGCGUAAAAUGAAUAGUAGAAAUGGUUCAAAAAGUACAAUACGCUAUCACAUCGAACGUGGACUUGAUUUGGAUUCUUCAACAGGUCAAAUUGAGACUUGGAGGCUUACACAUUGGGAUGAGAAAAAAGGAUGGAGAUCUACUGAUGCAGCUGCAAAAUAUGCAUUGAAAAGGGGUCCAGUUUUCAGUUCUGCUUUCAGUCCUCUUGUUCAGAUAAUAGCAGCAGUAUUCGACAUUCCAUUUCUACAUGAACCAUUACAUCUUGGAAGUUUAGUGGGAUCCGCUAUUGUCGUAGCAGGAUUGUACAUUCUUCUAUGGGGAAAGAACAAAGAAAUGCAAAUGUCUGGCGUUGAAAAAGGAGAUCCAGAAAACGAAAUGGUGAAGGUUCAAGACCCUGACCCUGAGUCUCAUCCCACGGCUGUCACUUGUGGUUCCAAGGACCCGCCAACGGUGGAAUGUUAGACCACGUGUCUCGGUCGUCUUUGUUUCUCAUCUGAAUGCUUUUAUGUCACAAACUUGUACAACCGUUUACGAUAAGACUAUGAGAUGCCAUAUUCCCAAUAAAAAUAGAUUAAUUUGUUUGAGGAAAA